AUGUGGCUGGGGGUGGAGAGGGUGAAGCUGUUGCCAAAAAGGAGCACCUUCUGCGCAAUCAUUUCUCAGCUGACGGAGGAAACCCAGCCACUGUUUGAAACCACUAUCAAAUCCCAUUCUGUGUCCGAGGACUCUGAUGCUAAAUUCACCUGCAUAGUGACAGGGUAUCCCCAACCAGAGGUGACGUGGUAUAAGGAUGACGAAGAGAUGGAUCGCUACUGUGGCUUACCUAAGUAUGAGAUAUUCCGUCAUGGGAAUCGCCACACCCUGCAGCUGUACAAGUGCCAAGAAGAGGAUGCAGGCAUUUACCAGGCCUCAGCUAGGAAUAACAAAGGCAUUGUGUCCUGCUCUGGUGUGCUGGAAGUGGGAACCAUGACGGAGUUCAAAAUCCAUCAGAAGUGGUUUGACAAAAUUAAGAGAAAAGCUGAAGUAAAGCUGCGAGAGAUAGAACAGGGCAAGAAACGAGGGAAAGAAAAUGUGGAGGUGGAGAAGUUGCAGGGAAUGAGCCCUGAUCGGCUCCAGAGAAAGAGGAGACUGGCCAGGGAUCUGAAUCUCCAGUCAAGAGCCCCUCUGUGGGAUAAGGAGGAUACAGCAAAGGUGCAUGUUGCUGAUUCUCAGUCCAGGUUACAUGAGGAUAUCGCUGAGUCAAAGGAGCAGCCGGUCAAUGUGACAACAGGCUUUCCAAACAAACUGAUUUCACCUUUGAAGGCAGAGGUGACCACCAAUGGAGAUGCCUCUUCGGAAAGUGUGGAGGAGAAAGGGAACAGCUUUCUCACAUACAUCUAUGAGACGGUGGAGGACCUAGCAAACAAGCCAGUGGUGAAAGAUGCUGCAGCUAAAAAGAAAAAGAAGGUGGAGGCUCCUCCAGCAGCAAAGCAGGAAGUUUCCAAGAGAGAGGAAAGUGGGCGAGACAGGGCCAACCCCUCUACAAAUCCAAGGUUUGCCCCUUCUGUCCCCUUACGCAGGAAUCCACCACUGCUGGCAAACGAUAAAGAAGUGGAAAACAGUCCAAAAAUCAAUGAUCCUGGGAAAGCUGUGAAUCAGGACACUAAAAUCAAUGGCGGCAUGCACUUCUCUUUAAGAGAGAUGUAUUUUGGUAAGCAAGUGGAUCUGGCAGCAGGGAAGGAGGAGGUGGGAGCCAAGGAAGAGGCUGCAAGUGAGGCUGCCCACCAGCCUGUGGCAGUCAGCAGACAGACAGAGGAUGCUCCGUUGUCCUCAGAGGUGCUGGGGGCAGGACCUGUGUCAUCCAAGGGACAAAGGGCCCAGCACCAAGCCCAGAAAUUGGAGGGAAACAAAGCCGUUGCAGCAACAAUGGGACAGUCUGCUGGUGACUUAAUACAUCCAGUGUCCAGUCCAACCAUAGAGACCAGUCAGCAAGCCAGUAAGUUAGAGGAGCUCAGGAAGGAGAUACCUGCCUGCCAGGAGACUGGGGGGGCCAGGAAAAGGACAAACCCUCGGCUGAGGCCUCAGGAGCCACCACAGCCACCAGCACCUUCUCCAGACCAUGUGCAGUCCAGCAAGGAGCACCCACCCUCUAGGAAACAGAUAGAAGGACAUUCCCAUGCUCUUGAGGGCAGAGAGACCCAAGAAGGACUGUCAAAUCAAGAAGACAGAAGCCAAAGUGAGGAAGAGCUAAAGAAAUCAAGUCCUCCAGAGCCUGGAGAAAGUUCUCUUCUUCAGCAAAUUGUGCAUCAGACAGCAGUCAAAGAUGGGAAGAGCAAAGAGGCAGUACAGCUGCCUGUGAGCCAUGCCGGUGCAGAGGCAGGAGGGAGUGGUGCAGCAGAGCUACCUCCUGCAGCUGCACACAGGGAAGUGGGAGGAGCACCCUUGGGACAUCAGUUGACUGAGACACCAGCUCCUGCUUCAGUUCGACUUGCCAAGGAAGAGCUGCUCCCUGAUCCUGCAGUGGGGACCUCGGUGGCUCAGGAGGCACUCUUUGCAGCUCACGGCACCCCAGGGAUGGAGGCCACAGCAGGAGAGGUCCUGUCUGGAGCCCAGAUGCUGCCUCCUGAGAGCAGAGAAACAGAAAUCAAAGAGAUAGAUGGAUCUGCCCUGCAAGAGAAGUUUUCAGCCAGCACAUUAGGAGAAGAGAGUGCCAAACCAGUGCCUGUGGGUCCUCAGGGGAAGGAAGGAGAGCAAACAGUCACAGUUCUGUGCCAGGAACAUGCAGCACCUUCAGGCACUGUUGAGGGAAGUGCUGAGGCUCAGCCACAAGUACCACUGGUCCUGCCUAGCCCCGAGACAACUCAGGAGAUGUCUUUGGAGGAGAAGAUGCAGCACAAAAACCUUGUUUCCUCCUUGAAGAACUAUUUGCUGCUGCUUUUAAAAAUGUCAGAUAGCAUUAAGGAUGCCACAAAAGAAGACAGUGACCCCAGGGACAAGGAGCAGCCUGAUGCAGAGGAAGUCAUGCUCCCAGAGACAGGCAUUGCAGGCCUGAGCCCCCGCACCUCAAGGAGAGUUUUGGAAAAGGUGCAAAACAAUCAGCUCUUCCAAACAGCAGAGAACUUACCUCUGACCCCCAGGACAUCCCGGCGGAUCACAGGCAUGAUUAACGAGGAACUCAUUACCAGCAAGGAGAUGCUGGAUUGCAGGCCUGUGCCACCAAAGAGACGUACCCGGGUGUCUCCUGAGCUCUCUGUGCCCUCCAUCGUGGUGGGCAGCAUGCCAGCAGAUGGAAUGGGGCAGCCUCAUCACGAUAUAUCCAGUUUGCCUCCAGCAAGCCCUGAGAAAGGGAGCCCUGGUGACUCUCUGGCAGUACUACCUUGUGCCACGCCAGAGGAGCUUGCCUCUGGAGCCCGGCGCAAAAUAUACCUUCCAAAAACCAAGCAGGUAGAGGAGGAAGGGGAGGCCACCCCAGAGAGCCCAGGGCAGGUGAGAAGUCCUACCGUUUCACCACAGCAAUCCAGGAGGAAUGUGGCCCUGCUGCCGUCACCUGCACUGGCUCUGCCUCCUCCAGCAGAGCAGCGCUUGCCAACCCUCACGAGGAAGAUGGCCACCCUGGAGGUUCCUAAGCUGUAUGAGGAGCCCACAGGUGACAGCAGUGGUGACCACAAAGUCCCUGAAGAUACUAAGCCAGAAGAACAGCCAGCAGAGUCCAAGAAAGUGAAUAACCCAUUUAAAGCUCCACAGGUGAUUCGUAAGAUCAGGGCAGAACAAUUUUCCGAUGCCUCAGGACACCUGAAACUUUGGUGCCAGUUCUUCAAUAUUUUGAGUGAUUCUAACCUGAUGUGGUACAAGGACGAGAUCCCUGUAGCAGAAGCCCAAAGGAGUGCUGGUGACGAGGGCCAGGCAGCCUUGGCUGUGGUGCAAGUGUCCCAGAAGGACUGCGGGGUCUAUCGGUGUGUGAUCAGCAAUGAGUACGGCUCUGACUCCACCAAUUUCCUGCUCAACCCAGAAGUGCUGUCAGGCUUUAUCUUGCCGGAGGAAAUCGAAGUUGGAGAGGAGAUCGAGAUGACGCCCAUGGUGUUUGCCAAGGGUUUGGCUGACGCAGGCUACUGGGGGGAUAAGCUCUUUGGGCGCGUGGUGAGCGAAGAUGUAGAAGUGGCUGCUGGAUUCCUGCGCAAAGCCUGCCGUGCCAGGGCCAUCUAUGGCCUGGAGCCCAUCUUUGAGUCUGGCUGCACCUGCAUCAUCAAAGUGCACAAUUUCAUUGCCUUUGGGACCAAGAAUGAGAACAGCCUCGUUGAGAAGAAUUAUGAUAUCACCAUCCAGGAAUGUAAGAUCCAGAACUCCAGCCGCGAGUACUGCAAGAUCUUUGCUGCUGAGGCACGAGCUGUCCCUGAUUUUGGAGCAGUGCCUGAGAUAGUUCCUCUGUACCUGAUUUACCGACCGGCCAACAACAUCCCCUACGCCACAAUGGAGGAGGACCUGGGAGGACCCUGUGAGCAGUACUGUGUCACUGAGAGAGAUGGCAGCUUGGUGGCACGGGGCACCUCAGAGAUUGUGCUCAAAUGCUGCACAUUCCAGCAUUGGGUCUACCAGUGGACAAAUGGAAACAUCCUUGUGACUGACAUGGAAGGAGUGGGCUGGAAGAUAACCAAUGUUCGGAUCGCUACCAACCUGAAAGGGUACCAGGGACUGAAGGAAAGCUGCUUACCCUCCCUGCUGGAGCAAUUCGCAGCUGCUCACCAGUGCAACCAUUACUGCAGCAUCCUAGGCCUGAAGACACUGGAGUCAGCCAAGUCCAAGGGCUCCAAGAGCCCUUCUGUCGGAAGGAAAUCCACCCAGUCCAGUCCCCAACUCCAGAAGAAGGGGCUGGCAAGUCCCCAGGGUACUCGCAAGACUGCCAUGAGCCCCAGAAGCUCCCGGAGAGCUGUAGAAUCAGGGGAGACCCUGGCAGCCCCCAAACCCAGGUCAGGAGAGAGCAGCAGGGCUGGCUGCCUGCAGUAG